UGUAUGGUGGUGCUAUGGACACGCGAGAUCGACAGGCUGAUGCAGACGGUGGCCCAACUAAACAACUCACAAGUCGUAUAUUUUGCUGAGUAUCGUUCUGUAGUGCAAACUCCGUUGAGCUCUUGAUGCAAUUUCAAAGAAUAUCACCAUCGAUCAAAUAACUGUCGUCAUGAAGUACUUCGCAGUACCACAAUCCGAUGAGACGUCCAUAGCCCCGUCAUCGCAGACUGAACAAAGACGCGGAUGGCGACUCGACAGCUUCUGGUGGAAGUGUACCUCGCUAUUACUGCUAAGCAUCAAUACAAUACUCACUGUUCAAAUCCUUCGCUCGCCACGAUGCAGCCCAAUAGACAGUUCUCUCGGACACCCCACAAGUUUUACUGGGAUACACGAAACGAGUAGAGAAGUGCGAAACUCCUGGUGGACACGCUACAGCGCCGAGAACGAUGGCCAAAGACCCGCCGUUGACGAAGCUUGGAAUGCAUUACGUGCAGACCAUGGCAUCGUUGCAUUGCCAUAUGAAUGGUCAAAGAACAAGGGUUUGCCAUCAAGUCUGAUCCUUCCCUCCGACAGAUCGAAGCGAGUUUAUAUCCUUGAGUCAUACCAUAUGCUUCAUUGCCUGCAAUUGACCCGCAAGUCCAUCUACCAGAUGCGAGGCAACGAACCUCUGACGUACCACUUCGAUCACGUAGAACAUUGUAUUGAUGCGCUUCGGCAACAUGUUAUGUGUAAUGCUGACGAUACACUGCUGUACAUACCUGGGAACGGCACUGCUGGGCAUGGACAAACAAGACAGUGCAAGGAUUGGAAUUAUUUGAGUAAGUGGGCUACCAAGAAUACUGCUUGCUUCGAAGAUAAAACGCCAACGUCUGGGGUGUUUGGGUCUUGCGAUGACGGCUCAGAUGGACUGGUUUUGGACUGAAAGUGGGAUAUUCGCGAUGUAACUAUCUUCCUAAUAGGAUCAAGUGUUCAUUUGGAGCGACAAUAUAAGCCCUUAUCCACAUUGGAUGC